AUGGCUAGUAUCAACUCAGUGUCUCUUCUUUCGGAAGCGGCGUUUGGCUGCGGACAUCUUGCUACCGUCAUGAAAGGUGGACAGGCUGCUGGACAGUUCAAAGAGUCAUUCAUCAAGGCGAACCGGGCAUUAGCUCCACUAGGAGACUCUCCAGCAGCUUUACUUCCCUCGAAGUCUCGUUUCCAGUCUUCUGCUCUCCUUAGACCCAGGUACAUAUGCUUGUCGUGCUCAGAGUCUUGCUUGAGUAACGAACGACGCGCACACACAGAGAAGACCGGGCAUCAGUUUUAUAUGGAUUCAAGAGCGCGAAACGUGUAUUGUCAGGGUUGUGAUGACUUUGUCUACGACCAUGAAUUGGAACGGCUCCGGUCUCCUGCGCCAGAAGUGUCACUCAAAGUCUCCAAACGCAAGAUCGAAAACUCAGCAGACGAGCUCUUCGUAAGGAGCAACGCUAGCAAGCGUCCCUGUGCGAGACAAGGCGUUAGGGGUCUUUGGAAUCUCGGGCAGUCUUGCUUUAUGAAUGUCAUCUUACAAGCGUUGCUACAUGAUCCCAUCCUCCAUGCGCACUUUCUAGGAAACGGCCACCAGACCCAAGAGUGUACGAUUACUGACUGCGUUGGGUGCUCGGUUGCUGAGGCAUUUACGGAAUUCAAUACCACCGAAAAACCUGAAUCAUUCGUGGUUUUGAACUUAUUAGCUGCCACUUGGCGAGGAAGCGAUGCAUUGGCUGGAUAUCGCCAACAAGAUGCACAUGAGUUCUACCAGUUUCUUGUUGACAAGCUACAUUCAAGCGAUGAUGACCAUGUGGAUGAUUAUGAAUGCCCGUGCUUCUUCCACAAAACCUUCCACGGAAAACUGCGAAGCACAGUUACUUGCGACAAAUGCGCCAACGUCACCCAAACGGAAGACCCUAUGGUCGAUCUCAGUCUUGACGUACAGGUGCAAGCGAAAAAACGCGCCAUGGGCAGUGGAAUCGGCCCUUCAUCUACGGCUACGCUCAAAGGCUGUUUAGACAGUUUCACAUCACCUGAACAUCUCAUGGCCGAUGCGUAUAACUGCGACCAGUGUGGUACUCCCCAGAAAGCAACGAAACAGCUGCGGAUUAAGAAGUUGCCGGCGAUUCUGUGUUUGCAACUGAAGCGCUACGAGCAUACAUUCGCCGUCUCCGAGAAAGUCGAAGGACGAAUUGACUUCCCUCUAUCACUCAACAUGCUUCCAUACACAACGAAUCCGGACGUGCGAGUUGACAGAAGCAAAUACGUUUACGAUCUAUCGACAGCUGUGGUUCAUAAAGGCAAGCUGGAUGCAGGGCAUUACUAUGCCUAUUGCCGGCAGGGUGACCAAUGGGUACUCUUCAACGAUGACCGCGUGACCGUCGCCUCGGAAGCCGAAGUCCUCAACGCAGAUGCCUACCUUCUGUUUUACAAUCUUCGCACAUUGGCCACUGCAGGAUCAUAA